AUGCGUACAGGGCGCCUGUUGAGGUGCUUGGGGAAUGAACUUAGUGUACCCUUGGGUUCUCACACUGCCGUACUCAGUAGGGUUUUUUGCCCAAAGAUUCAGUCGCCCGAGCUGGCGUCCUUGGCUGUGGAGACAAUUGAGGUGAUACCGCAGCUUGACCUCCUUCACACGGUGGCGGUGCUAGAUAUAUUCUCGCGUCAUGGGAUUCGUCAUGAGCCGCUCAUGCUUGGUUGCUUAUGGAAGGUUUUCAAAGCUGAACCACCGACCAGUUUGUGUCAGGGACACGCGAGCCUGAUGCAGGGUUUUGCUGUCCGUACGGCAACUGCUUUUCGCAUUAUGUGUCAGCAUGGGUUAGUUCAUGAUCCCCAGCUUGUAGCUAUUGCCCUCGGGCGGUGCACUGAAUGCGCCCCGCACAUGACAUUAGGUAGUGUCGUUGACGUGUACGAAGCUGUGAAGGAAUGGGAUCGGAAGUUUUUUAGCAUUGCCGAGGCUGCUUUGCACUCGGGGGGCGCGUCUGAAGAGCAAAUGGAUGACGUCUCCAGUGACUCUCCCACUUUAUUUUCAAGUCAGCCAAAUAUGAUGGAUGUUUUGUGCGGCGAGUUGGAGUCCCGCCUCAUCUCGGUGGCGCGGGAGGAUUAUGAAGCCUCCGUUCAGGAUGCGGAAAGGUUGCUGGGGUCACUUGCUGCCGUGGGAGUUGCAACUGGUGAUGUUGUUUUAGCACUUUGUCAGCUGAUCAAGCCCCUAAAAGUGACGGCUGAUUCACUGUUGAAGAUGAUGGUGAGUUUACACCAAGUCCACAUGCGAGUCGUGGACGUACUGGAUUACAAUGCCAAUGACUGGGACAUUCAAUCGGCCCGAAGGGAACUCGUGAGGACACUCACAGCUAAACUUUUGUCACUACGGUCUCGGGGGAGCUUCGCCCGUCAUUGCGAUCGGCAGUUGGUGGUAGGGUUUCGAAGACUGUUUGAAAAGUAUCCGGCACUCGCGGAUGAUGCACCUCAGCUGUGGGAUGCGGUGCGCGCCGUCCGUGUGCCGCAGAAAGAAGUCAUGAAAAUGAAUGAACCUUGUCGAUUCCUUGGCGGUGAGUUGUUCAAGGGUAAAUACGCUGUGAAGGUGAAACCUGUCACAACAAGUGCGGCGGAGGUGGAGCGGUUUGUUCCGCCGCAAUUUAAGACGUGGAGCGGACCCUCUGUGGGGAACAAUCGUCACAAGAGUCCGAAGACACCGCGUGUGGUGGGUUUUGGAGUCCAGAAGAUUUCAAAAGACUACAUCAAGAUGAAGCGAAAAAAGUUCGCCCCCAGCGUAUGGUAG